CUGGCAGGAGGUCGCCGCCGCCGUCGCCUCCCGCUGCCCCUCCGCCUCCCCUCCCAAAACCCCCGUCCAGUGCCGCCACAAGAUGGAGAAGCUCCGCAAGCGCUACCGCACCGAGAUCCAACGCGCCCGCUCCCUCCCCGUCUCCCGCUUCAACUCCUCCUGGGUCCACUUCAAGCUCAUGGACUCCAUGGAGAAAGGCCCUUCCCCUGUCAAACCUGAUAACAACGAUUCCGAUAGCGACAACGACAUCGACGACGAUGACAACGACAACGAUCCAGAUCUCUAUCCCAACUCUGCCCACACCCGAAGCCUCAACAAGUUGUAUCGCAACGGCUUUUCCGCUCCUCCCGCUUCUGCUGGCUUUAGAAUUCGGAUUCCCACUGGCUUCGCCGGAUCUGCCUCCAAGGUCUUUGGGAAACCUGCGACUAAUCACAAAUUCAACCCCAAUUUGAAUCAGAACCCUAGCCCUAAUUUUGGGAAGAAGCGGGAGAGAGAUCCCAUCGCUGAAGUGGUCUCUGCGAUUAAGGUUCUGGGAGAUGGGUUUGUGAGGAUGGAACAGAUGAAGAUGGAGAUGGCCAGGGAGAUUGAAACCAUGCGGAUGGAAAUGGAAAUGAAGCGCACUGAGAUGAUUCUGGAGUCGCAACAGCGGAUUGUUGAGGCCUUUGCCAAGGCCGUUGCGGAGAAGAAGAAGAAGAAGCCCAAGACUGGGUCGUCGCCUCAACAGCCUUAAUGGGUGAAUUUCUGCCUUUGUUGUUUGUUUAGAUUUUGCUUUGCUGCUGUCACUUUUUUGUAAUUUUAAGAUAACAUAUGUGGAGCUUAUGGCUUUAGGUUGAUGCUAUUGUUGCCUGAAUCGUGAAUGUAGCUUUAGAUAUUCCUUUUGUACUCUGAUUUUCUUGCUGUCUUUUUUAUGUUUAAAUAAAACCCGAGGACAGGAUCGAUUGCCAGAAUGGUUUGUGUACUUUGGAUUUAUCAACAAGCGUAACAACAAAGAGAGUUAUUGGG